AUGCAUUUCUCGCGACUUGCCUUCCUGGCGCUCCCCGUAGCGACCCUCGCUGUCACUCUCGCGGAUUUCACGCCGCGCGUGUCGAAUCUGCCCCAGGAUUGCAACACGGUCUAUACCGAUGCUAUUGACGGCUGCUCUCCCUCCGACUUCAGCGGGUCUUCGUCGUGCAGCAAAGGCUGUGUGAAGGCACUAGCUGCCCUAGCUGCAAAGGUCCAAACGGCGUGUGGAGGCCAGGGCAUUACGGGAGGAAACAUCAUAGUCGCGUUUCUGGGUGGAGAUGGCCCGCAGUCACUUUGCAGCAAUGCGCAACAGGUCCUGGGCGGUGGUAGCAGCUCCAGUGCAGCCCAAACCGAAGCCUCGACAACCGCAGCUCAAAGUAGCAGCUCAUCUGCACCAGCUGAUUCCUCGACCGCCUCGACGUCCUCACCCGCCACGACGAGCUCUCCGUCUUCCACUGCUUCUUCGACCGCCGCAGCGACCACCACGAGCUCUUCAGCUUCCACUGCCUCUUCGACCGCCGCAGCGACGACCACGAGGAGCACCGCUUCCACUAGCACUUCCACUGGCACUUCCACUUUGCCCGCGAGCACAAGCACGAGUAGUGGCAUUCUCGUCGACACCACGACACGCGGAUCCACGACCGCUAGCGAAACAUCGUCUUCGCACGGAAGCUCUCAGACCGAUCUGCAUGACAACAGCGGGGGUGGAAGCCCUUUUGAUACUCAAGGAAACUUGAGCUCAGGGGCUUCUGCGGCGUAUGGCUCAAUUGCGACAGCUGCGAUUACUGCAAUACUGGCUCUCGUAGUCACCCUGCGGUAG